AUGUCUGUGCAAUCGAAGCAGCGCUUACCGACUGCAGCGGGAAGUAGCAGCCAAUGAAGAGCUAGGGGAGGCGGGUGCCGUCAGUCUUAUUAGGCCGUCGGCUCGUUCCGUGGGCUCAACCGCGCAUCCCCAUCCCGAAGCUGUGUUAAGGCGCCUCUGCUCAAUAUGUCGAAAGGGAUCCCCCGCGAGCCGGAGCAGCUCCGCAAGCUGUUCAUUGGAGGCCUGAGCUUCGAGACCACCGACGAGAGUUUGAGGGCCCACUUCGAACAAUGGGGGAGCCUCACGGACUGUGUGGUCAUGAGGGACCCCAGCAGCAAACGCUCCAGGGGCUUCGGUUUUGUUACUUACACGUCCGUGAAGGAGGUCGACGAGGCCAUGGCGGCGCGCCCCCACAAAGUGGACGGCAGAGUGGUGGAGCCAAAGAGAGCUGUGUCCCGAGAGGACUCCAACCGCCCUGGCGCCCAUGUCAACGUCAAGAAGAUCUUUGUUGGUGGGAUCAAAGAGGACACAGAAGAGGCACAUCUGCGUGACUACUUUGAGAAGUUUGGCAAAAUCGAAGUGGUCGACAUCAUGACGGACCGUGGCACCGGCAAAAAGAGGGGCUUUGCGUUUGUGACGUUUGAUGACCAUGAUACAGUCGACAGGAUCGUCAUCCAGAAAUACCACACGAUCAACUCUCACAACUGUGAAGUCAGGAAGGCGCUGACAAGGCAGGAGAUGCAGAACGCAGGGAUGGGCAUGGGAAUGAGAGGGUCAAACAUGAACUUUUCAGGCGGGCGGAAUAGUGGGGGCGGCGGCGGCGGGCGGCCGUACGACUCGUAUGACAGAGGCUUCAACCAGGGUGGCCGAGGCAGGUACGGCGACGGGCCCUACAAUGGCAACGGGGGCGACGGCGGUUACGGAGGCGGUCCAGGUGGCUACAACAAUGGAGGCAACCGGGGCUAUAACCAGGGAUACAACCAGGGUGGAGGUGGCGGCGGAUAUGGUGGAAACGGCUACAAUGACAACGGCUAUGGUAACUGCGGCGGUGGGGGGAACAACUACAACAACAUGGGCCACUAUGAUUCGCAACCUUCCAACUUUGGCCCGAUGAAGAACAGCUACGGUGGCGGAAGGAACUUUGGCGGAUACGGCGGUAACAACGGUGGAGGCGGAGGCUACGGACGCAGGUUUUAAAGUGGACAUGGACUGAGUACUUAGAGGAGAGCAAGGAGAGGAAGUGACAGCCAAGUGACAGGGCAGCUGCAGGUUUACCCCUAAAUCUGCUCAGCCAGACGGCUGCAGCAGGUUACUGCUGCUGCGUCCAGAGACACUCAGUAGUUGAAGCAUGAAGGGUCUGAUCAAAAGUCUUGUGUUUUUGUUUUUAUUUAUGUUCUGUGGAAACGGCAUUCCAACCAGGAUUCCUGUAGUUCUUUUAAAUCUGGUUUUUAUUUGUACCUGCAUCCAGCUCAGCUGAAAUAAACAUCUUCAGUGGAUUUUCUUUUUCAAAGUGGUCCUAGCCUCUUCAGUGUUUCUGGGGAAAGGGAGGCUUCACGUGUAUGACCGCCAAAGAGACGGUCUCUUCUUGAGGUGAGAGGAGCGGCAGUGGACUCAGGUCCCCCACUCUGGUAGAGAAGAAGCUAGGCGUUCUUCGACUUCCUCUGGAGGAUGCUAGCUUACGUGCGGAGUCUGUGAGGCUAGCCGUGGAAGCCAGCUGAGGGAGAGCAGUAGCGAGCCACCGCCAGGAUCAUUGAAGCAGGGCGCAGUGAGGUAGCUGGCAGCAGCUUUCUUCAGGCUUAAGUGCUGUAGUAGGUAAGACUCCACACUAACGUGGCUACUUUUAGCCCUAAAUGCUCUGUCUCUCAAAUCACACUCAUCUCCCAGUCACUGCCGUGGCCUGACUU